ACGACCUUUGCUUCCUCUUGCGCAGCCCUCUCUUCCUCUACGCCAUAAGUCCGCGACUACGUCACGCGACAAAUCCGUUGAGAGUCGACGGACUGAUCAAAGCAGAAGACAUCAACAUAUACGCGCUGAACAUGAUGAUCCUCAGCUUGAUUGGCUUGAUUGUUGACAUCUCUGGCGACGACAGUAGCUGGGCGACUCAACUACUAUACGGCGGAACUUCACUCAUCGAGGGACGGCAAUACAUAACGACGGAACAGGCCGGCUUUGCGCAAAGCUUCCACUGGUUCCGCGACGAGGCGAGAUUCUUGAACUGUGAGUUUCAUGCUCGUGAGCUGGCCGCAGCGGAGGCGCUGGGUAUUGCUGUCAGUAUGAAGCCGGCAGUGGUUAAGCCCGUGCAGGUCGAUCUCCGCCAAACUCGUGCCAGGGCUGCGGCCCAGAAGCAGCGUCGCAUCGUCAAGCUGAGGAUAAGGUACCAAAUGAUCCAUGGUAGACCAGUUCUUAUGAAGGGACCGAGGUAG